AUGCAUUUCUCAUGGUUUAUACAUCUAUCUAUACUUGUAUUGCUCAGUUUAUUUUUACCUGUUAAAACUGAUUAUUAUGAAGACUAUGAUGACGAACUUGAAUCUACAAUUAGAACGUUUAAACCGAGUACUACUACAGCAUCUUUAGUAAUAGAAGAUUCGAUAGAAGAACUUGAAGAUCAUUCAGUAAAACCAAAAACUAUAGAAUCAACAACAACACAUGGAAAGAAAGUAACUACAUCUCAUAUGGAUUUUAUUCAUGAUUAUGGUAACAUUUUCGACGAUGAUGAAGAGGAAACAGAAGAGGAAAAAUUUAGUCAAAGAACACCUGUAAUAACUAAAUUGUCAUCAUCAUCAUCAUCUAGUAAAAUAAAAUUAAUUACACAUGCAAUAACUGAAACAUCUUCAACUACAAGUGAAAUACCAGUGACACAUUCGACUUGGCUAUUUUCUACAUUGCCGCAUGAUAGUAAUAUAGAAACAUCAUCGACUACUACAAUUGAUCCUAAAAAAGUAGCUGUUUUUCUUGCUAAAACAAAUCGAGAUCGAUUAUUUCUCAAAAUUUUUGCUAUUACAGUUAUAGUCGGUAUGUUUAGUUUAGCAUUGGCAUUUAUAAUAAUAUAUAUGGUUCGAAAAACUCAACGCUAUCGUAAAUAUCAUAUACCAGCGAAUGGUUCCUUAAAUGAACAAACAAAACAUCUUACCAAUAUUCCAGUAUAA